AUGGAUAUUGAUGAUAAUAAAGCACCAGAGUGUGAUGGAUACGAUGCUCUAUUUUAUAAAAAGAAAUGGCAUAUAUUGGGAGAUGAAGUCACUGAAGCAGUAAUUGAUUUCUUUCACUCUGCUACAAUGUGCAAAGCCAUCAACUGCACAACCAUCACUUUGAUUCCAAAAGUGAAUAAUCCAGCUAAUAUCAAGGAGUUCAGACCAAUUUCCUACUGUAUAGUCCUUUACAAGCUAAUCUCUAAAGUGAUGAAGCUUCUGGGAUUCCCUGAGUUAUUUCUCAAAUGGAUCAUGGCCUGUGUAUGCACAGUCUCUUAUUCAGUACUUAUCAAUGGCAAACCUAUCGAACCUUUUGAGGCAAAGCGAGGGCCGAGAAAUGGUGACCCCCUAUCUCCAUUUUUGUUUGUGAUGGCUAUGGAAUACUUGAGUAGAGGAGACCUGCAGUCUGUGACCAUACUCUACAACCAGUUCCGAACAUUUUCUGCAGCCUCAGAUUUAGUAGCAAAUCUAAACAAAAGCAAUAUUUACUUUGGUGGAGUAAGUAGCCUGAUCCAGCAACAAAUCAUGGAGCUGCUAGGUUACACUAAAGGUGAUCUACCCUUUAGAUAUCUAGGAGUACCUCUGAGCAUAAAGAGACUAACAACCAUACAAUGUGAGCCACUGAUUGACAAGAUGUUAGGCAGAAUUCAGAACAGGACUACUAAGUUCCUAUAUUAUGUUGGAAGAGCAAUGCUAGUAAAAAGCGUCAUAUUUGCUAUUCAAACCUUUUGUUCUGAGAUAAAAGACCAAGUUGUAGGGGACACAGAACCAAAGAGUGCUUUCCGGAUCAUGCAGAAGAUAUUCAAGGAUAAACAUUACUUUGAGGCAGCUGGCUAUACUGAAGAUGAUGUUAAUCAGAUUGAGAGCUUCUCAAUUAGGCAAAUCUACAAAGCUAUGCAAGGUGACAUGGAGGAAACUAGUAUGCAACAAUCAGGGAAUGCCUAA